AAGCUUGCCGCAGCUCAUCUUCUCCUCAGAUAGCCUGAGUUUCAGAGAUCACGCUCCUGAGGCCGGUGGGAACGACAUGCUACAGCAAGCCAUAUACUGAGGUCUGGAAAAUGGUCGUGCACCCACCUGGCCUGCGGCUGGAACUGUCGUCCCUGGAGCAGCACCAGCUGGGAGCGAGGGCUGAGCAGUGACUUCCCCUCAGACCACGUCCAAUCUGUGGCCUCCUGGUAAAAGGCUGCAGGCUCCCGAGGGGCGAGGAUGGCAGCAUGGGACGAGCAGGCAGACAGUUGUAACGCUGGCUCUGGCAAGCCCGGGCCUUUCCACUCUGCCCCAGCUGCACCCAGCAAUGGCUGAGGGGCCCACGGCGCUCCAGAGAUGAGUGGACCUUUCCCCCUAGAAGUAGGGUUUAGUGCUGACUUUGGACUAUGACAUCCUAUCGACCUAUUCCACAUGCAAGUGUAGAUGUUGGCGGACCGGCGCUGAAGGGGGGUGAUGGUCUGGCUGGCACGCGGGGCGAUUACUUCUCGCCAGGGUUCUGGGCACAGAAUGGCAGCAGCUCACAGCCAGCUGGGGACGGUCUGCCCGGGCCACGGCCCACCACCACCACGCCUGCCAUGCCAAAGAUGGGCGUGCGCGCCAGGAUUGCCGACUGGCCCCCAAAGAGAGACGCACUGAAAGAUCUGGCCACUCCAAGCCCCUCGAGGGACAUGGAAGCAUCGACAGGCAGCAGCAGGACUUUUCUUUCACCCAAGGGCUUUCAGAAUGGGCAGCAGCCGCCUCCCACCAGCCUGGGCCCCUCGGGGCUCAGGGGCCUGCACCGGCUCUCCAGGAGGAGAUCCAAGGACGUGGAGUUCCAGGAGGGUUGGCCUCGAUCGCCUGGCAGGGCCUUCAUCCCGCUGCGCAACAGGAGUAACAGCGAGAUCACCCUCAGCGAGUGUGACUUGGAAGAGACCCUGGAGCCCCGUGGGGCCAAGCUGGGGAGCGGCCUGCCCCUCUUCCGCGAGUACGGCAGCACCUCCUCCAUAGACGUGCAGGGCAUCUCGGAGCAGAGCUUGUUCGACAUGCUCCGCGAGCUCCGCGCCGAGAAGCCGUCCCAGCGCCGCCUGCCGGCCGAGAAGCCGAGCAACCUGUGGGCCGACGCCAGCACGGCCUCCAGCCUGCACGUGGCUGGCAGCGCCAAGGCGGACAUGAGGAAUGGCCUGGGGCUCCCCCCUGAGGGCUCCCCCACUCCCCCGAAGGAGAAGCCCCGCAAGAAGGGCCCCAAGGGGGAGGCAGGAGGCGACUCCAUCUUCAGGAAGCUGCGGAGCAGCCGGAGCGAUGGGGAGCCCGGGAGGGCCUUGCUGGAGCAGGAGGAGGGUGGCAAGGCCUGGGUCUGCCAGAAGACCUUCGCGCACUACGACGUGCAGAGCCUGCUCUUCGACCUCAACCAGGUGGUAGCCAACCGGGUGGUGGUGGCGCAGCGGAGAAACACCACGACGGGCGCCUCGGCCGCCUCUGCCGUCUCGGCUGCCCUCUCCCGGGCGUACGGGCUGGGCGGCCUGGACCCGGCCUUCGCCAGCACCGAAGACCUCAACUACAAGGAGAACCUGGAGCACGACCUUGGGGACAACAACAGCAAUGACCUGCUGCUCAGCUGCCCCCACUUCCGCAACGAGGUGGGUGGUAUGUGCGAGCGCAACGUCAGCUUCUCCAAGGCGUUGGCCGGCUCCCCCAGUGGGGCCGCAGGCGAGGGAGGCUUCCUGGAGCCCUCCCUCAACACCUACUGCACCAACGCCAGCAUCUCCGUGCUGGAGGUCCCCAGGGAGCUGCAGAGGAGCCCCAGCCGGCUAACGCGCUACAGCGUGGAGCACGUCGACCUGGGGGCCCGCUACUACCGGCUGUAUUUCCACGGCAAAGAGCAUUCCAACUACUUUGGAGUGGAUGAGAAGCUGGGACCAGUGGCUGUGAGCAUCAGGAGAGAGAAGCUGGAGGAUCAUAAAGAGUACGGGCCCCAGUAUCAGUACAGGAUUAUCUUCCGGACCAGCGAGCUCGUGACCCUGCGAGGCUCCAUCCUGGAGGACGCGAUUCCCACCACCACCAAGCACGGGACGGUGCGUGGCCUCCCCCUGAAGGACGUGCUGGAGUAUGUGAUCCCCGAGCUGAACAUCCACUGUCUGCGGCUUGCCAUGAACACGCCGAAAAUCACGGAGCAGCUCCUGAAACUUGACGAGCAAGGGCUCUGCAGGAAGCACAAGGUGGGGAUCCUGUACUGCAAAGCAGGCCAGAGCUCCGAGGAGGAGAUGUACAAUAACGAGGAGGCGGGGCCAGCCUUCGAAGAGUUCCUCUCCCUCAUUGGGGAGAAGGUCUGUCUGAAAGCCUUCAGCAAGUACGCUGCCCAGCUGGACACCAAGACUGACUCCACCGGCACCCACUCUCUGUAUACCACCUAUCAGGACUACGAGAUCAUGUUCCACGUCUCCACGAUGCUCCCCUACACGCUCAACAACCGGCAGCAGCUACUAAGGAAGCGGCACAUAGGAAACGACAUAGUCACAAUCAUCUUCCAGGAGCCUGGAGCAUUGCCUUUCACCCCCCAGAAUAUCCGCUCUCACUUCCAGCAUGUCUUUAUUAUUGUCAGAGUCCACGGCCCUUGCACUGAUAACGUUUGCUAUAGCAUGGCUGUGACCAGAUCCAAAGAUGCUCCACCCUUCGGCCCCGCCAUCCCCAGCGGCGGCGUCACCUUCCGCAAGUCUGACAUCUUUAGAGACUUCUUACUGGCCAAGGUGAUCAAUGCCGAGAACGCCGCGCACAAGUCUGACAAGUUCCACACCAUGGCGACACGCACCAGGCAGGAGUACCUGAAGGACCUGGCGGAGAACUGCGUCACUAACACGCCCAUCGACUCCACGGGGAAAUUCAACCUGAUCUCCCUGACUUCCAAGAAGAAGGAGAAGAUGAAGGCGCGGGUGGGGGCGGAGCAGCACAGCAGCGGGGCCAUCGCCUGGCGCGUCUCAGCCCAGGACUUUGCCCAGGGGGUGGAGAUUGAGUGCAUCUUGGCCAUCUCCAGCGAGUUCAUCGUCCUGCUGGACCUCGGCACCAAGGAGGUGGUGUUCAACUGCUUCUGUGGGGAUGUGAUUGGUUGGACUCCCGACCCCAGCACCCUUCGGAUCUUCUACGGCAGAGGGGACCACGUCUCCAUCCAGGCCGCAGACAGCAGCCCCGAGGACAUCAAGGAGAUCGUGCAGCGACUCAAGGUCGUGACCUCAGGCUGUGAGACGGUUGACAUGACCCUGCGGAGAAACGGGCUGGGCCAGCUCGGUUUCCACGUGAAGUAUGACGGGACGGUGGCCGAGGUGGAGGACUACGGCUUUGCGUGGCAGGCGGGGCUCCGGCAGGGCAGCCGGCUGGUGGAGAUCUGUAAAGUCGCCGUGGUGACGCUGUCCCAUGACCAGAUGAUCGACCUGUUGCGGACCUCGGUCACGGUGAAAGUGGUCAUCAUCCCGCCCCAUGAGGACGGUGUCCCUCGCAGGGGAUGGGCCGAGUCCUUCGAAAUGAGCAGCGUGGAGCACAAGGCAGAGCUGGAGAGAGUUCCCACGGGGCACCGCCCGCCGUACCGCAGCAACUCGGCAUGGCAAUGGAGUGGGCCUGCCUCCCACAACUCCUCGCAGGCAGCCAAGUGGACAGAGCCCCCACCCCUCAGCCAUGCCCAGUCUCUCACGAGGCCCCACAAACAGACCUCCGUCGUCCCGUACCGCGAGCCGCAGCCCCUGCACAGCAAGAGGCCAGUUAGCUUCCCUGAGACGCCGCACACCGCCGCCUCCUCUCCAGCGGGGACAGAGAGGGGCCAGCCAUAUCGGCAGCUGUCGGGCAGCUUCUCGACUCCAGGUUCUGGAGGAAUGGCUUACACCCGCUAUAAGCCGUCCCCAGAAAGAUACGCAACCUCUCAGCGGCCCGUGCUGCCGUUCGAACAGCAUUACAGCCCCGAAGUGACCUCGAGCGGCGAUUCCUCGUCCGGGGGGCUCCCCAGUCAGGAGAGCACCAUGGAGAGACACAAGCCGGAGCCCCUGUGGCACGUGCCAGUGCAGUCCAGGCUCCCUGCUGCGACGGGGAGCAGCACAAGCAAGCGGCCCAGCAGACAGGAGCUGGCAGGAAAGGAUUCUCCCAACCGGCCUUCCAGAGGUGAGGCUCCGUACUCCAGCCACUCCAGCAGCAACACGCUGUCCAGCAGCGCCUCCAGCCGGCACAGUGACGAACGCUGGUCUGAUACGCUGGACCCCGCCGAGGGCGAGCCAGACUCGGUCUGCAAGGGGGGCUCCAGCGACAGUGGCAUUGACACCGCGCUCUACACCAAGCCCUCCCGCCUGGGGCCGCCCCAAGCCCUGCUGGCCUCUGCCCACUACGAGAGCGGGGGCAAGAGGAGGGAACCUUCGCCCACCGUCAGCGCGGGCAGCCAGAGCCGAGGCUACCGGCCCAAGAUGUACACAACAGGAGCCAGCGCGGCCGGGCCUGCCGCAGCCCCCAGCCAUGGCAGUGAGGUCUUCAAGCAGCCAAGUAAUUUCAGUUUGCGACAAGGCCGCCCUGCUCAGGGUUACAAAACGCCCGUGGCUGAGACUCCCAGGCCCCCACACAUGUCCCAGUCCAGCUCCUUCCAGCUGUCUGCCUCUGUCCCCAAAUCCUUCUUUUCCAAACAGCCCACCAGGAACAAGCCUGCGUCGGGGUGGAAGAGAGCCGAGGAGACCCCCACGAGGCCUGUGGCCUUCACGGACCCAAAGAAGCAAAUCGACAUGAACACCAAGAAUGUCUUUGGGCAGCCCAGGCUGCGGGCGUCGCUCCGGGACCUGCGCUCCCCGCGCAAGAACUACAAGUCCACCAUUGAGGACGACCUGAAGAAGCUCAUCAUUAUGGAUGGCUUGGGCCCGGAGCCAGAGAGAGCCAUGUCUCCGCAGAAGCCUCUCCAGCGGACGUUAUCAGACGAGAGCCUAUGUAGCGGGAGGAGAGACACCAGCUAUGCCAGCGCCACCUGCUUCGAACAGUCCCUGCCCAGCGAUGUCCUCUUCACCAGCACCUACCCAUCUAACACGCUGCCCACCCGGCGGCAGCACCCGCAGCCGGGCAAUGGGGCCCUCUCUGAGAAGAAAUCCACCAUCUCUGCCUCGGAGCUGUCACUGAGCGACGUGCGGGACCAGCCCACGAGACGCCUCGACCCGGGGCUGAUGCCCCUGCCCGACACGGCAGCUGGCCUGGAAUGGUCCAGCCUAGUCAAUGCUGCAAAGGCCUAUGAAGUGCAGAGAGCCGUCUCCCUCUUCUCCCUCAACGACUCAGCGCUGAGCCCCGAGGCCCCCCCCGCGCCCAGCCUGGAGAGACAGCCCACGCCCCGCACCACGCCCACCAUGAGCGAGGAGCUGCCCCUGGACCUGACGGGGAAGGUGUGUCAGCUAGAGGCCAUGCUGAAGCAGCUACACAGCGACCUGCAGAAAGAGAAGCAGGACAAGGUGGUGCUGCAGGCGGAGGUGGCCAGUCUGCGCCAGAACAACCAGCGGCUGCAGGAGGAAUCGCAGACGGCCAAUGAGCAGCUGCGCAAGUUCGCCGAGAUCUUCUCCAGCCCUGGGGAUAAGGAUCUGUGAGCUCCCCUCUUGGGUGUCAGGUGCCACGCUCACCCAGCGCUGUACCGAGAUCUCCCGCCCCGUGGAUAAGGAGCUGUGAGCUCCCCUCUCGGGUGCCAGGUGCCACGCUCACCCAGCGCUGUACCGAGAUCUCCAGCCCCGUGGAUAAGGAGCUGUGAGCUCCCCUUUCGGGCGCCAGGUGCCACGCUCACCCAGCGCUGUACCGAGAUCUCCUGCCCCGUGGAUAAGGAGCUGUGAGCUCCCCUCUUGGGUGCCAGGUGCCACGCUCACCCAGCGCUGUACCGAGAUCUCCUGCCCCGUGGAUAAGGAGCUGUGAGCUCCCCUCUUGGGUGCCAGGUGCCACGCUCACCCAGUGCUGUACCGAGAUCUCCAGCCCCGUGGAUAAGGAGCUGUGAGCUCCCCUCUCGGGUGCCAGGUGCCACGCACACCCAGCGCUGUACCGAGAUCUCCAGCCCCAUGGAUAAGGAGCUGUGAGCUCCCCUCUUGGGUGCCGGGUGCCACGCUCACCCAGCGCUGUACCGAGAUCUCCAGCCCCAUGGAUAAGGAGCUGUGAGCUCCCCUUUCGGGCGCCAGGUGCCACGCUCACCCAGCGCUGUACCGAGAUCUCCAGCCCCGUGGAUAAGGAGCUGUGAGCUCCCCUCUUGGGUGCCAGGUGCCACGCUCACCCAGUGCUGUACCGAGAUCUCCAGCCCCGUGGAUAAGGAGCUGUGAGCCCCCCUUUCGGGCGCCAGGUGCCAUGCACACCCAGCGCUGUACCGAGAUCUCCAGCCCCGUGGAUAAGGAGCUGUGAGCUCCCCUCUCGGGCGCCGGGUGCCACGUACACCCAGCACUGUACCCCCAGGCUGCUGGCUGGGUGAGGGCAGCAGCAGAGCCCUGGGACGCGCAGUUGGCUGGGGCAACUUGCAGGGCACUGGGGAAGCUGCUGAUGUGCUGGGAGGGGUCUGUCCUUGGAAGGUGCAUCGCCGGCCCUUCCGCACCUGCACCAUGUCCCUGGCAGUGUGGGGCGAAACAUGGGAUUUAUGGAUCCGUAUCUCUCCACACGGUGCCAGGGAUCCGUGUCUGUUCUCUGCCUUGCCACCAGGAUGUUCUUGGGGCACCAAUGCCAGACGUGGGAGCCUGUUAAACCUGAUGCAAAGGGCGCUGCUGGGCCACUGGCUGGGACAGGGACUCCUUAUCCUGCAUCUCCCAGGACGACUCACUCCUGGGGGCGAACCUUGACUAAUCCAGGAGCUAUCCCUGUGGAGUGACUUGAUUCCAGCCUUGGGCACUGAGCAGCCCUUCUGCACCACGUGCUCACGGCCAGUUCCCAGGAGAGUCUGCCACGGACACAGCAAUACGGAGCUGGGCAGGGUCACUGACCACGGUUCUGUUCAGAACUUGCGGUGGUUUUUCUGGUGUACAAUAAUUAUAAUGGGGCUGUACCUGUACCUGAGAGAAUUUAAAAAUUGCCCCCGACUCUGGAGAGCACUUCCUCAAAGCUAAAUUAUUUUCUAGCGAAUCCAAUGCAGAGAGCGGCUCAGGAAGUGCACAUUGAUUGCACUGGAAAUGUUCUUUAUAAAACACUAUAUUUGUAUAAAUGA